UUGCUCCUAUGUACACGGCAGAAAUAGCAGAAGCUAAGAUUCGUGGAAGUCUAGGAUCUUAUUUUGUAUUACUUCUAAAUAUUGGCAUUUUAUUGUCCUAUGUUCUGGGAAGUGUUGUGGACAUACGCGUAUUAUCUAUUCUAUCCGCUAUUGCACCGUUCAUAUUUUUUGGAGUAUUCGUGUUUAUGCCAGAAUCA